GCGGUCGGGACGCCACAGUCUACACGGUAAGGACGAGUAACACCAGGUUGGGUGCUGAUCCCUGUGCUGAUUAGGAUUCAGCAUGAUCUAGCCCUGUGCCAAAUGCUGGAGACGGGGAGGAAUUUCAACACGAAGAAGAAAAUCAAGGCACUUGACUGGCCGGGAAACUCUCUGGAUCUAAACCCUAUAGAGAAUCUGUGGUCAGUCAUGUUUUUUUAUGCAGCAUCAGCUGAAAUAUUGAUGCCCAGCUGUACGUCUCUAGCCUGUCUGCAGCCCCUGACAUGAAGCUGGUCUGCGCCGUAGUUUUUAUCAUUUGCCUACAUGGCCUACAGGGGGCAGAGGGCAGGCGCGAUGACGGGACGGGGGCACCAGCAGGCAGGAAAGGCAAAAGCAAGACCGCACCCACUUCGGGUGAGCUGGUGACCAAAGACAUGCACACGUGCACCUGGGAGAUCGACGGCGAGGGCGAGGAUACCCUCCUAAUUCUCCUCAGCUGCAACCAUGACGGUGAGGUCUACCGGUGCCGGUACGCCGGCCGGCCAAGCCUGUGCCAAGAAUACGGCGCCUCGCCACGCCGGUACUGGUCGCAGGUGGUGAGCAGGAUCAGGAGGAAGACCCACGCCUGCCGAGGGGAGAAGGUCCUGAGGUCGCGAAGCUGUAAAACAGCCCCGACAGAGUCUCACAUGAAGCUGCUCGCCGGCCACAAGGGGGAGGGUGGCGCAGGCAAGAGGGGAGGGGCAGGAGGCAGACAGAAGCGCAAGUCGGCCAAGGAUCAGGCGGGGCCUCCAGAGGAACAGAGGGAUGCUUUUGGGGAAGCGAACGACAGCGAUAGCGUAUCGAACACGGAACCAGCAGAAAAUUACUGCGCCGAGGGCUGGCUGACCGUCUGCUCCUUCUUUGUCCGAUUCUUUGAUGGCUAAAUUAGCUGAGUAGCACUUUUCAGCAAAUGUGUACCCGUCUCCAAUCCCCGUGCUGAAUUCAUAUGGGUUUCGAUGCAUCAUAAAGGGAAAAAAACACACAGUAGCUUUUCCGAUAUUUGAUUUUUUUUGCAAUUUUAUAUGAACUGCUUGGUAAGAAAAGACAUUAUGAACAUCAGCACCAUAAAGCAUAAAUAAUGGUACGAUGCAUAUGUAAAGCAGUGUUAUCUGACACUUAUGCUGUAAUAGCUAUAUCGAUUAUUUGUUUUUAUAUCACUUUUACGGCUGAGAAUAUCAAUAAAAUAAAUAGAUAUCAUUAAAGGCCAAUUAGUUGAAUUCUAAAAAAGUAUUUGCAAGGUUCGAUUGCUGUUAUUAUUCUUAAAAGUAUUUACCUUUUUAAAGAACACUGUGUUCCUUUUCAGCCGGUUUUAAAAAGACUUGAGAUUAAUUAUGCUGAUACAGUUGGUGGUCUGUUUGUAUUAUGGUUUCAAUAAAUAUUAUAUUUAAAUUGUACAAAUUGUAUUUAGAAUUUAAAAUAAAAUAGCAUAAAUGUGUAAUAAUAAUAAAAACGUAAAUGUC